UGCCAUUUCAUACUUCAUCUUGUUCUUCCUUCCUUGUCCAACUUCCCAUGCCUUUCUUCUUCUUCUUUGUGAUCUUUGUUAGCUCCCUUUAUUCUUCAUCACACGUGUAUGCUUCUUUCCCAAUUUCUUUGGCAGCUGCUGCUGGAGAACUGAAGGAAGCAGAAGCUCUUCUCACAUGGAAAGCCAGUCUUAAUAAUCGAAGUCAGUCAUUUCUGUCUUCUUGGUGGGGCAGUCCUUGCAACAACUGGGUUGGGGUUGUUUGUCAUAAUUCUGGAGGUGUGACGUCUUUACAUCUUCAUAGUUCGGGUUUGAGAGGUACGCUCCACAGUCUCAAUUUCUCAUCGCUUCCCAACCUACUCACCCUCAAUCUUUAUAACAACUCACUCUAUGGAAGUAUCCCCUCUCACAUAAGUAACCUUUCCAAAGCCACCUUUGUUGACUUGAGUUUCAAUCACUUCACUGGCCAUAUACCUGUAGAAGUUGGCUUGUUGAUGAGGUCUUUGAGUGUUCUGGCAUUGGCGUCCAAUAACUUGACAGGUAUAAUUCCAACUUCUAUAGGAAAUUUGGGCAACUUAACCAAGUUAUACCUUUAUGGCAAUAUGCUUUCUGGUUCCAUUCCUCAAGAAGUUGGAUUGUUGAGAUCCUUAAAUAUGUUCGACUUGUCGAGUAACAAUCUCACUAGUUUAAUCCCAACUUCUAUAGGAAACUUGACCAACUUAACCCUUUUGCACCUUUUUCAUAACCAUCUUUAUGGUUCCAUUCCUUAUGAAGUGGGAUUAUUAAGAUCACUUAAUGAUCUUGACUUCGCGGAUAAUAAUCUUGAUGGUUCAAUCCCUUUUUCCAUAGGAAAUUUGGUCAACUUAACCAUUUUAUACCUUCAUCACAAUAAGCUUUCUGGUUUCAUUCCUCAAGAAGUUGGAUUGUUGAGAUCCCUAAAUGGGCUUGACUUAUCAAGUAACAAUCUCAUUGGUUUAAUCCCAACUUCUAUAGGAAACCUGACUAACUUAACCCUUUUGCACCUUUUUGAUAACCAUCUUUAUGGUUCCAUUCCUUAUGAAGUCGGAUUUUUAAGAUCUCUUCAUGAACUUGAUUUCUCGGGUAAUAAUCUCAAUGGUUCAAUCCCUUCUUCCAUAGGAAAUUUGGUCAACUUGACAAUUUUGCACCUUUUUGAUAACCACCUUUCUGGUUCUAUACCCCAAGAAAUUGGAUUUUUGACUUCUCUUAAUGAAAUGCAACUGUCGGAUAACAUUCUCAUAGGUUCAAUUCCUCCUUCCAUAGGAAACUUGAGUCAAUUGACCAAUUUGUACCUUUAUGAUAAUAAACUUUCAGGUUUCAUUCCUCAAGAAGUUGGAUUGUUGAUAUCUCUAAAUGAUCUUGAGUUGUCUAACAAUCAUCUGUUUGGUUCAAUUCCAUCUUCCAUAGUAAAAUUAGGAAAGUUAAUGACCUUGUACCUUAAUGAUAACAAUCUUAGUGGCCCCAUUCCUCAAGGAAUUGGAUUGCUAAAAUCUCUUAACGAUCUUGACUUCUCAGAUAACAAUCUCAUUGGUUCAAUUCCUUCUUCCUUUGGAAAUUUGAUCUACUUAACUACAUUGUAUCUUUCUGAUAACUGCUUAUCUGGUUCUAUUCCUCAAGAAGUUGGAUUGUUAAGAUCUCUUAAUGAACUUGAUUUCUCUAGUAACAAUCUCACUGGUUUAAUCCCUACUUCAAUAGGAAACUUGACCAACUUAGCCACUUUGCUUCUUUUUGAUAACCACUUGUUUGGUCCUAUUCCUCAAGAAGUCGGAUUACUGAGAUCUCUUAGUGAUCUUGAGUUAUCGAAUAAUAGUUUCACAGGUUCAAUUCCUCCUUCUAUAGGAAACUUGAGGAACUUAAGUUACCUAUAUCUUGCUGAUAACAAACUCAGUGGCCCCAUUCCUCCAGAGAUGAACAAUGUCACACAUUUGAAAGAAUUGCAAUUGAGUGACAACAAAUUCAUUGGUUAUUUGCCACAACAGAUAUGUUUGGGUGGAAUGCUUGAAAACUUUUCAGCAGUAGGCAACCAUUUCACUGGCCCAAUCCCAAGUAGCUUGAGAAAUUGUACUAGCUUGUUCAGACUCAGACUGGAUAGAAACCAACUCGAAAGUAACGUAUCAGAAGAUUUUGGUAUAUAUCCAAAUUUGAAUUAUAUUGAUUUGAGUUACAACAAAUUGUACGGGGAGCUUUCUAAGAGAUGGGGCCGGUGUCACAGCCUGACAAGCAUGAAAAUCUCUCAUAACAAUAUUUCUGGUGCAAUUCCAGCCGAACUUGGGGAAGCAACUCAAUUACAAUUACUUGACCUCUCUUCAAAUCAUUUAGUUGGGGGGAUCCCAAAAGAGCUUGCAAAUUUAACGUCAUUAUUCAAUCUCAGUCUUAGUGACAACAAACUUUCAGGCCAGGUUCCUUCGGAGAUAGGGAAGCUAUCUGAUCUUGCGUUUUUUGACGUUGCAUUGAACAAUUUGAGUGGCUCAAUUCCCGAACAACUGGAGGAAUGCUCGAAAUUAUUUUACUUGAAUUUGAGUAAUAAUAAUUUUGGUGAAAGCAUUCCUCCUGAGAUUGGCAACAUACAUCGUCUUCAAAAUCUCGAUCUAAGUCAAAAUUUGUUAACUGAAGAGAUACCCGUACAGAUUGGAGAAUUGCAAAGCUUGGAAACAUUGAAUCUCUCUCACAACAAGCUCUUUGGGUCCAUCCCAUCUACUUUCAAUGAUUUGCUAAGCUUGACAUCUGUUGAUAUAUCCUACAAUCAACUGGAGGGUCCUGUUCCCAGCAUCAAAGCCUUCCGAGAAGCUCCAUUUGAGGCUUUCACAAAUAACAAAGGUUUGUGUGGCAACCUCACUACUCUCAAGACAUGCAGAACUGGUGGAAGGAGGAAGAACAAAUUUUCUGUUUGGAUUCUAGUUCUUAUUUUGAGCACUCCAUUGCUUAUAUUUUCGGCCAUUGGAACCCAUUUCCUUUGCCGAAGAUUAAGGGACAAAAAGGUGAAAAAUGCAGAGGCACAUAUUGAAGAUCUAUUUGCAAUAUGGGGUCAUGAUGGGGAAGUGUCAUAUGAAGACAUCAUUCAGGCAACUGAGGACUUCAACCCCAAAAAUUGCAUUGGCACUGGAGGACAUGGAGAUGUUUACAAGGCUAAUCUACCAACAGGUAGAGUUGUUGCCGUCAAACGCCUGCGCUCAACACAAAAUAAUGAAAUGGCUGAUUUGAAAGCUUUCGAAAGUGAGAUUCAAGCUUUGGCAGCGAUACGGCACCGCAACAUUGUGAAGUUUUAUGGUUCCUGUUCUAGUGCAAAACACUCAUUUCUGGUUUAUGAGUUUAUGGAUAGGGGAAGCUUGGGGAGCAUUCUGACCAACGAGGAAAAAGCGAUUCAAUUAGAUUGGAGUAUGAGGCUAAAUGUUAUUAAAGGCAUGGCUAGAGCUUUGUCUUAUAUACACCAUGGUUGCGCCCCCCCUAUAAUUCAUCGAGACAUAUCAAGCAACAAUGUUCUAUUGGAUUCUGAAUAUGAAGCCCAUAUUUCUGACUUUGGUACAGCUAGGCUUUUAAAGUCCGACUCAUCCAAUUGGACUUCAUUUGCAGGCACUUCCGGAUACACUGCUCCAGAACUUGCUUACACAGCAAGGGUCGAUACUAAAAGUGAUGUCUACAGCUUUGGAGUGGUAACAUUGGAAGUGAUUAUGGGAAGGCAUCCUGGUGAGCUUGUUUCAUCUUUACUAUCAAUGGCCUCAUCAUCAUCAUCACCAUCAAGGGUCUACCAUUUACUGUUGAUGGAUGUGUUAGAUCAUCGGCUUUCACCACACUUGCAUCAGGUCUCUGAGGAAGUGGUCCACAUUGUGAAGAUAGCAUUUGCUUGCUUGCAUGCUAAUCCCCAAUGUCGGCCAACUAUGGAACAAGUUUAUCAGAAGCUCUCAAACCAGUGGCCACCUUUGUCAAAACCAUUUUCCAUGAUUACAUUGGGAGAAUUGCUUGGUCAUGGGGAUGAAAUAAGCUGAGAUUCCUGCAUGUAUAUUACUUUUUUCUGUUUGGCUUAUAUUCUAGCUAUUUUAUUAAUUACAAACCCUUCAAAGUAAUGUAAACUACUGCCUACAUAGAAUGAAUUGGUUGGAACUUUUGUGCCUCAUUGUAACA